AUGUCUUCGGAAAAUUUGAUUCUAGCUCCUCGUAUUUGGAAGAUUAGAUUUUAUGAUAAUAUCAUCUACACUACUGUGACUUCUUGUGCUGCAGAUGUCAAUCAUUGGAUACAUAAAACAAUGCACAUUCAUCGUUUUAAGCUUCACAAACUCAUGGUUGGCCUUGACACUGAAUGGUGUCUGCCCACCAAGACUGAUAAGCAUCAGAAAGUAGCAAUCCUGCAACUUUGUGUAGGUCACAGAUGUCUCAUCUUUCAGCUCUGUCAUACAGAUGUGAUGCCUCCAUCUCUUAUAAAUUUUCUGGGGAACAAUAAGUAUACUUUUGUAGGGAAAGCCGUAGGAACUGAUGUCAAAAAGCUUUUUGAGGAAUACGAGUUGAAAGUGGCGAAAGUUAGAGAUGUUUCAGAGAUGGCUGCAACAAAGUAUCAGGAUGAAGAACUGAAAAAACUAGGUUUAAGGACUUUAGCCUUAAAAUACCUUAAUAUUGAAUUGGACAAGAAUAAACUUAUCACUUUAAGUAAAUGGGACAGGAUGAAAUUGAGCAGCAAACAAAUUGCAUACGCAGCGAUUGAUGCGUUUGUUUCUUUUCAAUUAGGGGUUUACUUGAAAUAG